CCGAUUGUAAGAGCUAUAAAGACGAGUCACCGACUAAAUAGUGACUACCGAGUAGAUUUUAAACGAGGAAAACACGGUUCAUAUUGUUAAAAUAUAUUUUUAGUUAUUAAUAUUAAAUUCGGGAGCGGUGUGAUUGUGUGAGGCAAGUCAUCGCAGAUAAACGGUAAAAACGUUGACAUAGCUGAUAUCGUCGUCGGCUUAGCGUAAACGGCAAACGCAUUACGCACACACAUACGUACGUCGUACGCGCACACGCCACAUACGCGCGCGCUCAGGCACGCUUUUAUUUAUGUUUUUUAUUUUGUAUUGAAGUUUUAAAUUAUAUAAAAUUACAAUAGAAUAACUUGAAUGCUGAUCCGAUCGGUGUAUUAAUAAUAAUAGUUCCUAAACAAAUAACGACGUCUCCUCGACUGCGGCGGAGGAUUAUUUUUUCUCGGAUAAGUGCGCGAUCAGUUUUCCAUUGAUCCCGGACCUCGUUAGUCGUUAAAUGCGUCGUCGAUCGUUGUUGUUCCAGCUGCUACUGCAUUAAUAAUCGUCGUUGCUGCUGCUGCUAUUACUACCUUUUAUUAAUUAAUUACUUGGCACAAGUUACCUAGUAAUAUAACUGUCUACUACUACUAGUUGCUACCAGUUACUAAUACUACUACGAUUACUACUACUACUACUUUUAUUACUAUUAUAGUAUAAAGUACUAUUACUCUUACUUCUGAGAAGCACAGUCAAUUUUCAAGUCUUUUAGGUUAGGUAAAUUAUCCUUGUUCAGAUGUUUGAGUAUUUCUUGUACCUGUAGUUGUUUUUGUUCUAUCGUAAUAAAUUUAUAUACCUAUUUAAUAUUUUAUACGUAAACACUUACGCAUAGAUCCUAAUAAAGACAACAUUUGGCAAGUCUUAUCAUACCGCUUAGUUGUUUUAAAUUGGCAGUUAUGUAUUCAGAUAUGAUAGAAUCGCCAUCAAAAGACUGUUUCUCCUUCAAUGAUCAGUCUUUGUCUUAUGACAUGGCUGAGGUAAAUGAAAUGAAUAAUCAAGCCAAUUUGGAUUAUAUUUUUGAUUCAUAUUAUUCGUCCGUAUCAAGAUAUAAUACAGGUUUUGAACUUCCAGAAGACUGUAAAAAUAUGAGUUUUUCAGAACUAUUUGAUCAAGAAUUGUUUAGUACUCAUGUUUCAGAAAAUAAAGACUGUCAAAUCACGAUCAAAAUCGAAAAAGAAGAACCGUUAAAUGAAUGUUAUUCUACUGAUAAUUCUAUAGAUACUACUGGUAGUUCGAGCUUUAUAAAAGUAGAAGAAAAUAUUCCUUCCUCAUCGUUAUUAUCAAAAAGUUUUGUUCCAAAGAGAGGCAUUAAUAGAACUUCUAUUAAAACAAUGGGAACAUCAGAUGUUGAGCAUCUCAUUCAUAAUCCUUUUUGUGAAACAGAGGAGAUUGAUAAUCAAAUUUCAGAGACAAUUAACUCAUCUAUUAUAAAAUGUGAAGCUGAAGAUGUCAAUGACAAUGUUAAAGAAGAUUUAGUUGAAAUUAAAGUAAAUCCACAUUAUUCUGCUGAUGUCUUACAAAAUAACACAGAUUUAAAAAAAAGUAAAGAAAAUAUUGUUUCAUCUUUGUCAUUAAAGAGUUCUACUACAAAACGUCAAGGUAAUAAUAGAAUUUCUAUUAAUACUCCAGAUAUUAGUGUUAAACAUCUUAACAAUCCUUUUUGUGAACUGAAAGAUUUAGGUGAUAAUCGAAUACCAGUUCAAGUUAAUACACCAUUUAUUAAAUGUGAACCUAAAGUUGAUUUUGAUAUUAUUGAAGACCCUAUUGUUGAAGAAAUUAACCUUCAUUAUUCUGUUGAUGGUUCACAAAAUACAUUUAAUGGUCACAAUAUGGUGAAAGUGAAAAAUAGUGUCAGCAAAUAUGGUUCACCAAAUGCAACUAAUAAUCAUAAUAUAGUAAAAGUUUCAGAUAGUGUUACUUAUUCAUUAAAAAAUUCUUCUCCAAAGCAUCGACAGAUUAACAAGAUUUCUAUCAAAACUUUUGAAAAUUGUAAUGUUAAACAUCUUUACAAUUCUAUUUGUGAACCAAAACGUUUAGGCGAUGAUCAAACACCAACUUUAAAAUACAAAACAUCAAAACAUUUAGGUAUUAAUCAAACUCAAACUGUGAAAAUUGAAUCUGAAAAUGUCAAUAACUCUUUAGAAAAACUCAUCGUUAAAAAAAAAGUGAAAUCAUGUUAUUCUGUUGAUAGUCGCAAUUUUGUUAAAGGUGAAGAUAAAGUAUCAUCUUUAUUAUUAAAAAAUUCUACUUCUAAGCGUCAAGUUAAUAAUAAAAAGUCUGUAAAAGCUACUGAAAAUUGUGGGGUUAAACAUAAUGCCCAUAACCUUCAUUGCGAACCAAAAAAAAUUGAUAAUGAUCAAAUUUCAGUGAAACUUACAACGCCCAUUAUGAAAUGUGAAUCUGAAGAUUUCUAUGACCUUAGUAAAGAAAAUAUUAAAUACUCUUCUGCUCAAUUACAAGGAAUGGUUGAAAGUCAUAGCUGGGCCAAAAAUAUUGAUGAAAUUAUUUUACCUUCAUCACCCAAAGGUUUUAUUUCCCAACAUCGAGGUGCUAACAGUUCUACAAAAACUAAUACCAAUUCCGAUAUAAAAAACCCUGUAAUAUACGAUCUUAAUUAUAAACCAAAGGAUUUAGAUAAUAUAACUUCAGUGAAAGGUAAAAUGCCCAUUAUAGAACGUAAACAUGAAAAUAAUAGCACCAUUCAACCAAAUAAUUUAAAAUAUGAAAAAGUAACAAAAUCGGCCAAUCCAAAUGAAAUUCAUUCUGUUAAACUAAUUGAUGUAAAUGCAAAAAAUCAAGAAGUGAUCAUAAAAAACACGGAAACUAUUGUAUCUCCCAUUAAAACCGAGGAUAUAGAUACUCAAACCGACAAAAAAAAAAUUUCUUGGGAAGAAUUUAGAGCUAAAAGAGAAAAAAUGGGUUUGAUAAAUAAUUCAAAAAUUAAAGAAGAACCUGCAACAGAUAUUGUUACAACAGAUGAUGAUAAAAUGAAAGCAAUGCAAGAAGAGUUUGAUAGGACCACAGCUGAACAUUUUACUGGUCAAAAAAGAAAGAUUGAUGAUAAAGAAGAAGAAACUAUUACUGCUAAAGAAAUAAACAAUGAAGAAGAAGAACUGCAAAAAAAACGGAUGAAAAUUGAAUACAUUAAGAAACUUCUGCCAUCAUCUUUUGCAUCAGAAAUAGCAAAGACCUCAAGUUUAAUGAAGGGCAGCUUAGUAGAAGAUAAUGAUAAUGAAAAUACUUCUGAUGAUUCGACUUUGUCCAGUGACAAAACACAAGGGAAAUAUUUAAACACAUAUGAUAAGUCCCAAAAAAAAGGCUACCAAUCUAGAGUACAUUCAUCUCACCGUGUUUUAUCAAGAGCUGACUAUAAUAAUAAAAGUAGCCGCUCAUCAUCAUCCAGUUCAGAUGAUUAUUAUAAUCGUAAUAGAACUGAUACUCCUUCACAAGGAGUACAACAUAGUCAAAAUACACGAACCACUCUUCAAAGACCUAAAGAACAGAAAAGGGUGGUAUAUGUUGGACAGAUACCAAUCAAACUUGGAAAACGUUACUUAUAUAAUCGGUUCAAGGAAUUUGGUACAAUACAAUCUUUAACACUUCAUAAAAAACCAGAUUUUCGUGUUUAUUAUGCUUUCGUAACAUAUUCUGAGAAUUUAGAGGCUGACCGUGCUAUUAAUCAUGGAAAUGAUGAUGAAAGCCAAGUCCAAUUGGAUAUUAGAUUUGGUGAACGGAAACAAACUCAAACUCCUUACUAUGAUUUAGAUGAUGAAUGGUUAACCGACUGGUAUGGGUACAAACAACCUUUAGCACCAGUAGUAAAAACAGAAGAUAUUGAAAAAGUGUCUUUUGAAGAAGAAUUACAAGAAUUUUAUAAGCUUUCUCAAAUUAAAAAGUUAAAUCAAAUUAAGUCUUCUCAAGCCUCUUGACAUACGUUUUUUAUUUUAUUUCAUCUUAUAGCGUUGGAAUAAAAAUGUAAUAAAUAUUGUUAUAAUUUUUCUCUUUUUAA